ACAAGGAUAGUGUAGCUUUUGCUUAAUCUUGUUAUCUUCUGUGACUAUAGUGAACUAUUGGUUAAACCGGAGUUAGUUCCCUUUGCCGGCAGAAGACAACAUGGCGACUUUGUGGACAAGGGGAAUCCAGGUAUGCAGAAGUUUUUCACGACUCUGCACAACACCCACUGUACAGAGAGGGACAGCUGUACGGCUCAUGUCUACAGAGAAUGAUAAUCUACAAGUAGAUGUGGACAGCAAAACAGGGGUUGCUACCAUGAAAAUGUGUCGCCCACCUGUAAACAGUCUCAAUCUUGAGUACCUCACAAGUAUCAGUAUAGCACUGGAGAAACUAGAGAAUGAAAAGUGUAGAGGACUCAUUUUGACUUCGGGUGUACCCAAGAUUUUCUGUGCUGGUUUGGACAUUUUGGAAAUGUACCAGCCUGAUGUGGAGAGAUUACAAGUGUUUUGGAGAUCACUACAGGAUGUUUGGUUAAGACUCUAUGGAUCAAAGAUGGCAACCAUUGCAGCCAUCAAUGGCCACAGUCCAGCUGGAGGCUGCCUUCUAGCUCUCUGUUGUGACUACAGAAUUAUGGCUCCCAACUACACCAUCGGUCUGAAUGAAACUCAGCUAGGCAUCGUUGCACCAUUUUGGUUCAAGGACACAAUUUGUGGAGUUGUUGGUGAACGGGAGGCAGAACAUGCCCUUACACUGGGAAUCAUGUACAGUACAGAGGAGGCACUCGACAUCAAAGCUAUUGAUAAGGUUGUACCACAGGAAGAGGUCUAUACUGCAGCACAGGAGAAGAUGAAGCAGUAUCUAAAAAUUCCAGAGGUUGCCCGCCAGCUCAGCAAAGACAUGAUGCGGAGGGAGAAUGUAGAGAAGCUAAGACUGCGACGUGAGGAUGAUGUUGCUAAUUUCAAGAACUUUGCUGUCAGAGAUUCAGUACAAAAAUCUCUGGGAAUGUACCUGGAAAUGCUUAAAAAGAAAAGCCAGCAGAAAAAGUAGACAUGUGAUAGACUCUAUAUAAUAAUAAUAAACAUUCAUAUCCGGGUUGUUAUUCCUCUGACCAAUGGAUCAAUUGAACUUAGAGACAGUACGCUGUUGAUAAAAUCACAUCUGUUGAUUAAGUGGUAUCUUCAUUGGUCACACAUGAUGACAUGUCUAUUUUGCAAUCUGAAAAACAGAUGAAAAUAUUAUAUGACAUUACUGGUGGGAGUGAGUGAUAAAAUGUUUGUUGAUUGACAUGUAGUAGGGUUUAGCAUUACAAGAUACUUUGUUUGUCCAAGUUUCCUCUGGGGGGCAACCAGCAUUCUUGCUGUCAAGAUGUGUAACAUCCAAGGUUAGGGCUACAGUAAUUUGGCAUUAUAUCGGAAUUUGGUAUUAAAGAUGUGAAGAAAUUUCAUCUACCAAGACGCGAAUGACAUGAUUAUUAUAUCAGGGAUUGACUGUUUUGUAGAAACAAUAAAUCAUGCACGAACACCAAAUACACAUCAAUAAUUUACAUGUAUAUUGUAAACCCUAUUAAGAUUGUAAUUACAUGUACUACCUAUUAUGCAAGAUUAUGACUGUAAAUUUUUAUUUUACAAUCGGGGAAAUUGCACUUUAGUACAAGAUGUAAGUUUACAUUUGACAUGAAUGAUUGCUUCAUAUCAGGUUACUAAAUGGAGUACUUGUUUACAAAUCCAGCACCUAUCUGUCUGGUCCACUGAUGAUGGUAAAAACCAAGGUUGAUAUGACUUAUGUUUCGUUGUGAGGCAUUAUAAAAAGAUUUUGCUUGUCACAAUGUGCCAUGGAAAGGAAAACAUACCCUUAAUAUUUUUGGAUUGCAUUGCUUAAUUUGUUAAGGUGUCACUAAUCAGUUUUGUAUAAUGUGAGCAACUUCUGUUUCAAUUUGAUGUGAUGUAAAUUAUGUAUAUAUGAAUGAGUUAUUGAUGAAUAAAAUCAUAUUUUGUACACAUAAAUAUAUGAAUUAAGAUAA